AUGUUUCGUAUGUUUGAUCCAAUGUAUUAGUCAAUGAACUAAAUCUUAGAGGAGAAUGGUAAUAUAUUAUGGUUGGGAGAUUGCACUGCUGCAUAUGAUAGAAGUCUUUUGGAUGGAAGAGGAAUUAAGACAGUUUUAACAGUAGCUGCAGGAUUAAAUGUGUCUUAUCCUGAAGGUGGAAUAGUGCACAAAGUAAAAUAGAUAAAUAUAAAUAUAAGGUUUAUCAUAUAUUGGAUAUUGAAUCAGCAAAUAUAGCAAGAUUAUUUGGGGAUACUUGUAAUUAGAUUGGAGAUGGGUUAAAAAGAGGAGGUGUAUUAGUACAUUGUGCAGCAGGAGUGUCAAGAUCGGCUUCAGCAGUGAUAGCAUACAUAAUGAAGACUAGAGGAUUGAAUUUUUAGGAAGCCUUCAAUUAUGUAAGAAAGCGUAGAAGUGUAGUAUUCCCAAAUUAUGGGUUUUAAAGAUAAUUAAGAAAUUAUGAGAAAGAUCUCAAAUAAAUAAAAGCAAAAGAACCAGAGAUUAACAUUAAAUAGACAUAGAAAACGCCUUAAGAAAUUGCAAUGGAUAAGCAUGAGUAAUUCAACAUUUAGUAUUUGGAAUAGAAAGCAAAGAUCCUUAUAAAACCUGUGUCAGGUAAUCCAACAUUCAAUAGUGGUUAUUCAACACCAUAAAAAUAAUUCUAGAAGUAGAGGAUGUUGUACCAAUCUGCUAAGGUUGGAAGUUAAGAGCCCAAGUAAAGUUCAAUAACUUAAAAUUCAAAUAGAGUUAAUUCUUAAAUGAAAAAUAAGAUCUUUGAGCCUUCAUUUAAUUAAACUUAUUAAGGUCCUUAGAUAGUAACUUACUAAAGAAAUAAACUUGUAGAAAAGAUGCCAGAUAUAAAGAAGAAGACAUUUUAUAAAUGA